UGAAAUGUAAAGGACCUCUUUUCUAUUAGCUGUUCUCCUUUUUAGCUGUAAUUAGUUUUCAAUGAGGCGGCCGACAGGGUCAUGGACAAGAUAUUCUAAUGACCUCAACGAGACCCAGAAGAGUGCGUAGCUGGGUGGUACCUAUGACAUCGGUCAGUUGCCACCUAUCCAUACCGAUGGUGAGCCAUCACACCAUUAUUGCUUGCUGCCGUCGCAGCAUUAUUUACUGCCAUUAUUACCGCACGGAAACAACGGACAUCGUACAUCGAGUUAGGCUCGUCUGGUGAGGCCUAAAGGUCAGAGGAGGGGCUUGUGCCAAGCUUAACACAAGCAACGACGAAGUAAAUAUCAUGGAGAAUCGAGAGGUGGAAUGCUUGAUUAUUGUUGUUGAACGCGACGACGAAAGUCGACAAGGAAAAGUUCAAGGCGGGAACAUUGUAGUAUUCUCGGCCGCAAGUGGCCAUUAGCAAUAUUGUACUACCCAUCGCUAGCCCGAUCUCACUUCAAUAUUCAGCCUGGAACGAAGGCAUUGGUGGCUUUUUUGACCUUGUAGUAUCUUCGGUCAAGUUCGCCAAAGCUUUGCUUCGAGAUUUUGAAAUAGAAAUGAAGAGAUCUCCGCAUCUUCAAAAACCUCCAAAUAGCAAGAAGCAAAAAAAAAAGAAAUGACCGCAAAAAAGCGUCGGUAAAAGCCGAGAAGUCUGAUGGUUCCUGACAUGACGGAAUUCAACGACAAAACAGGGAAGAUGUCACGUAGUGAGAGUCCGUCGGUCGAGAGGAUAUAUAUACUUCUACCCGUCCUUCAGCCCACGCACACCAUCGGCAACACCAGGAUGGUCCAUUUCCCCUUGUCCUCUUCCUCUGCUUUCAUCCGCAGGUCCCGACACCUUUCUCGUCGGAAUCCUACCGUUCAAUUACCUGCAACCACUUCUCGUCUCUUUUGGAGGGCUCUAUCUCUCUCCUCAAGAUCUCCAAAGUAUACUACUCUCACCACCUCACAUAUUUCUCACAUUCGAAAACUUUUGUCCUCUCCAUCCUCGGUCUUAUCGACACUGGAUGGUUCAGCAACAUCAGACGAUCUUUUACCUCACAAUCUGGAUUGGAUGGGCAAAUAUUUAGGCCAGAGCAAGGUCCUUGUCAAGCCGAAAACGGUAGAAGAGGUCAGUCGGAUAGUAAAGUGGUGUGACGAGAAUGAUGUGGCUAUCGUUCCUCAGGGAGGGAAUACAGGACUGGUAGGAGGUUCUACGCCUAUUCAUGACGAACUAAUCUUGUCACUCUCCUCGCUCAACUCAAUACGCUCUUUCGAUCCAGUCUCUGGUAUUCUCAUUGCAGAAGCAGGGCUUAUCUUAGAGAAAGCAGAUUCAUUUUUGGAAUCCAGGGGCUUCGUAUUCCCUCUUGACCUGGGUGCCAAGGGAUCAUGCCAGAUAGGAGGCAAUGUAGCUACCAAUGCUGGAGGUUUAAGGCUGCUGCGUUACGGAAGUUUGAGAGGAAGUGUUUUGGGCCUGGAAGUAGUCUUGCCAGAUGGCAGGAUCUGGGACGGCUUGAGUGGUUUGAGGAAAGAUAAUACUGGCUAUGACUUGAAACAGCUUUUCAUAGGGUCUGAGGGCUCAAUCGGCAUAAUCACCGCCGUAUCUAUCCUCUGUCCCCAUCGGCCCCGCAGCACAAACGUCGCACUCUUCUCUCUACCAUCUUAUGCAGCCUGUCUUGAAGUAUUUUCUCAAGCAAAACAGCAUCUGGGAGAGAUUAUGUCGGCGUUCGAAAUGUUUGACAAUACUGCAUACGAGGCUGUGAAGAAGCAUGGGGGAGCAAAAAAGGUCUUUGAAAAAGAAGGAGAUUUCUAUUGUUUAAUAGAAACAGGAGGAAGCUCAGCAGAGCAUGACUCGGAGAAACUCACAAGCCUCUUCGACCACUUGCUAUCCUCUUCGUUCAUCCUUGAUGGCGUAUUGGCCCAAGACAGUGCUCAAAUACAUUCACUCUGGCAGAUACGUGAAUUAUGUCCCGAAUCACUAAGCAAAGCAGGCAAGGCGUACAAGUACGACCUCUCCGUUCCAGUUGAAAAAAUGUAUGAAGUUGUAGAGAGGAUGAGGGCACAUUUAAAGGAAAGAGGGCUCCUAGGCGGGAAAGUGAAAUAUGUGGCAGGUUUUGGCCAUCUGGGUGAUGGUAAUCUCCAUUUGAAUGUGGUCGCAGAAGGGAACGAGUUCUCUGAGGAAGUGCAAUGCAUCAUAGAGCCUUUCGUCUAUGAGCUUGUAGCCGAAUAUAACGGUUCCAUAUCUGCUGAGCAUGGUUUGGGCUCAAUGAAGGCACCUUACAUAUCGUAUUCUCAAACUGAUACUUCUAUCGAGUUGAUGAGGCGGUUGAAAAAGCUUUUUGACCCAAAGGGAAUCAUGAACCCUUAUAAAUUCAUUCUCUAGUGUAACAGGUUUCCUUGCAUGUACUCUUUAAGCUAGGUACUCUUGCAUUGAUAUCAAAUCGGUCGAACCCUUUGAAGUCAAGCAGGCUAAAAAUUCGGGUACACAAAAACAAUGCAGACCAUGGUGACAGU